CCAGCCCCGCCCCGCGGCGUACGCGUGCGCGUAGGGCGCAGGCGCGCGGCUCCCGUCCGCCCGCGAGGAUCCGGCUGCUGGACGCGCCGCCGUCUGAGGUGCGGAGCUGCAGAGGGAUGGAGCCGCCGAAGGUGGAAAAGUUCAGCACCGCCGACAGGGGCAACGGGCUGCGCGCCCUGGCGCCGCUGCGCCCGGGGGAGCUGCUCUUCCGCUCGGACCCCUUGGCGUACACGGUGAGCAAGGGGAGCCGUGGAGUCGUCUGCGACCGCUGCCUCCUCGGGAAGGAAAAGUUGAUGCGAUGCUCUCAAUGCCGAGUUGCCAAAUACUGUGGUGCUAAGUGUCAGAAGAAAGCUUGGCCAGACCACAAGCGGGAAUGCAAAUGCCUUAAAAGCUGCAAACCCAGAUAUCCUCCCGAUUCCGUCCGACUUCUUGGCAGAGUUGUUGUCAAACUUAUGGAAGAAACCCCCUCUGAAUCGGAGAAACUUUACUCAUUUUAUGAUCUGGAAUCAAAUAUUAACAAACUGACUGAAGAUAAGAAAGAGGGCCUCAGGCAACUUGCAGUGACAUUUCAACUUUAUAUCAGAGAAGAAAUACAAGAUGUUUCUCAGCUGCCACCUUCCUUUGACAUCUUUGAAGCCUUUGCAAAAUUGAUCUGCAAUUCCUUCACCAUCUGCAACGCGGAGAUGCAGGAGGUCGGCGUGGGCCUGUACCCCAGUAUGUCUUUGCUCAAUCACAGCUGUGACCCCAACUGUUCGAUCGUGUUCAACGGGCCCCACCUCCUACUACGCGCCGUCCGAGACAUCCAGGCUGGAGAGGAG